GUUGUUCGGGUCACCGUGUCCCAGGGGUCGAGUCGGGACUCUCUGGCAGGGAGAUCCAGGUGUCCAAGCCCUGCGGCUCGUUUGGUGGGACAGGUCUUUAUCUAGCUGCGCAACAAAGUAACCGGACCGAACCGCAGCGGCGGCGACUCUGCGGGGACCAACUGACUGUGGUGUUGAAACCGGACCGUUGGCUCAGUUCUAUGAAGAAAUAGUGGGGGGAGGGACUUCUCUUGUGCGCUCUGAGCCUGGCGGGGAUCGCUGUAUGUUCUUAUCCUCCCCUCGUGGCCCCUGGACUGCCAGAGAAAAAAGGAUUUACUGUUGCUGCUACUGGCUUGUAUGAUUCCUUUCUUGAUACUAAGAAGGCUUCGUUUGAAACAGUACAACUGCACUUUGAAAGAGAAGAGGGAAGUCUCGUGUAGAGAGGAUUGUAAGCUUUGUUCUUGGACUUAGAAGGGGGAAGCUGGGCAGGUAUCCUCCUUGGCCAGGAAAGAUUGUAAAUCCACCCAAAGAUUUGAAGAAACCUCGUGGAAAGAAGUGCUUCUUUGUGAAGUUUUUUGGAACAGAAGAUCAUGCUUGGAUCAAGGUUGAACAGCUAAAGCCAUAUCAUCCCCAUAAAGAGGAAAUGAUCAAGAUUAAUAAGGGUAAAAGAUUUCAGCAGGCUGUGGACGCUGUGGAAGAGUUUCUCAAAAAAGCCAAAAGCAAAGACCAGUCAUCCCAUAAUUCUGCUGAAGAGAAAAAUCGGCGUAAUUCCAGUGAAGAAAGAAGUAAGCAGAACUCAGGAGAUGAGAAACGCAAAGCUGGCCUAUCUGAAGGGAAAGUAAGGAAGAAUAUGGGAGAAGGAAAGAAGAGAGUAUCUUCAGCCUCUGCGGAAAGAGGCUCCAAAUCACCUCUAAAAAGGGCCCAGGAACAGAGUCCCAGAAAGCGAGGUCGCCCCCCAAAGGAUGAGAAGGACCUCACAAUCCCAGAAUCCAGUACAGUGAAAGGAAUGGUGGCAGGAACAAUGGCUGGGUUUAAAUGGCAACCAAGUGUAAGUGAGCCUGUAAAAGAUGGGGACCCACAUUUUCAUCACUUUCUUCUCAGCCAGACAGAGAAGCCAGCUGUCUGUUAUCAGGCAAUAACAAAGAAGUUAAAAGUAUGUGAAGAGGAAACCGGAUCCACAUCUAUCCAAGCAGCAGAUAGCACAGCAGUGAAUGGCAGCAUCACUCCCACGGACAAAAAUGAAAUCACAGGUCUCACUCCUAUCCAUGUUAAGAGGAUAGGAUUUUUGGGCCUUGGCCUCAUGGGAAGUGGUAUUGUCUCCAACUUAUUAAAAAUGGGUCAUACAGUCACUGUAUGGAACCGGACAGCAGAAAAAUGUGAUUUGUUCAUCCAGGAGGGGGCCCGGCUGGGAAGAACCCCCGCUGAAGUGGUCUCUACCUGUGACAUCACCUUCGCCUGUGUGUCGGAUCCCAAAGCAGCUAAGGACCUGGUGCUGGGCCCUAGUGGCGUGCUUCAAGGGAUCCGCCCUGGAAAAUGCUAUGUAGACAUGUCAACGGUGGAUGCAGACACGGUCACUGAAUUGGCCCAGGUGAUUGUGUCCAGGGGCGGUCGAUUUCUAGAAGCCCCCGUCUCAGGAAAUCAGCAGCUGUCUAAUGAUGGGAUGCUGGUGAUCUUAGCAGCCGGAGACAGGGGCUUAUAUGAAGACUGCAGCAGCUGCUUCCAGGCAAUGGGGAAGACCUCCUUCUUUCUAGGUGAGGUUGGGAAUGCAGCUAAGAUGAUGUUGAUUGUGAAUAUGGUCCAGGGAAGUUUCAUGGCUACCAUAGCUGAAGGACUGACGCUGGCCCAAGUGACAGGACAGUCUCAACAGACAUUGCUUGACAUCCUCAAUCAAGGACAACUGGCUAGCAUCUUCCUGGAUCAGAAGUGCCAAAAUAUCCUGCAAGGGAACUUUAAACCUGAUUUCUACCUGAAGUAUAUCCAGAAGGAUCUCAGAUUAGCCAUUGCACUAGGUGAUUCUGUCAACCACCCAACUCCUAUGGCAGCUGCAGCAAAUGAGGUAUAUAAACGAGCCAAGGCACUGGACCAGUCUGACAAUGACAUGUCUGCUGUGUACCGAGCCUACAUACACUAAGCCCUGAGGCCCUAUCUUCCUUCUAAUCCCCAUUGCUCACAUGGGGUCAGGGUCCUGGGACUUAACUCUGGACCAGUCCAUCUGUCUCUAUGUUUCCUUUUAUACACAAACUUUGAAAAGAUUUGCCAUGAGUGCAGCUGCAGCAUCAGGCCUCCCCUGGAGGCUCAGGGAAAAGGGGUGAGGGGAUUGGGAAAGGUGAUGUUGGAUUGUGAAAAACUGAUGAGCAGUCCUGCCUGCUGCCUGGAUCAGAAUGGUGGCUGUGUGUUCAAACAGGCCUCACCUCCCUCCCACCUCCUUUGACCCCUAGAAGUGAUGCUGCCAGAAUCUGCUUGGCUUCUUUCUCCUUCCUGAGUUUGUCAGAGUCCGAGUUCCUCCUAGCAAAGGGGGCCAGAGUCCAUCUUCCCCUCUUUCAUUGGGGUUUUAAGAAGCAGCCUCCAUAGUGUCCUAGUUGUGAAGUCAGACUCUUUGGAAUGGCUCUUACUCCUUUUGAUCCUACCCUAAUUUGCCUGGAAAUAUAGGCUGCUCCAUUGGGAGGCCACCUAGCUCUCCCAUGUCGGCACAUCCCCCAGGAAAGAGGACAGUGAGGUGGCACAGACCCCAUAAAGGGGGUCUACAGUAUCUCAGGCUACAAGCAGACAGUUGGCGAGCAUUUGGGUAUUUAAGCCACCAACAUUCUAAAAAGAGAACUAGCAAACUAAUUCCUUAUGUGGUUUUAUGAACUGGAAAGAUUGUAGGUUUGAGUGAAGAACAGGCGCACCCCAACAUCACCAUCCCAUCACAGUAUCUACCAUUGGCUCAGGCUGAAAUUGGAAUCCCUGGCCCUUAUGAGAAUAGUGGAAUGGGUUUAUCCAAUGUAGAUGGGAUUUAGCCAUCACCAACCUGAUUCAGUGUUUGGAUUUGCAUUCCAGCCCGGGGGGGGGGGGGGGGGGGGGGGGGCAGUGAGUACACCAAUGAGAGCAGUGAGGUGUGUGUGGAAGAAUGACUCCUUUCUGUUUCCGUUAUGUCACAUGCUCUUCUGACUCGUUUUGGAGUCCUCUUGAUAUCCCCUUUAGGCCCUUCCAUCUGUGUCCAUACAGAGAGCCCUGUUGUGCAUGCCACCACCUUUUUCUUCCUACCCAUCCCUGUCUGUGGAGAGACAGUGGGUGUCUUUUUACCUACUUUGACCCAGACCUAGCUUCCCUUGCCCUGGGUCAAUCAUGGGAUCAGUUCUUAGUAAAGGAAUGAGUAAUUGCACUCCAGCCAGCAUCAUGUUCUUUGUGCCUCUGGGGCCACAAGGUCCCGUUUGGGGAAAGAGAAGACUUGACCUGAGAUGAGUCCUGACAAACUAGAAAGGUAAACCCAAGUCCAUCUUGGAGAUUCCUGUUUUCUCUUUGGGGAGGGUGCCCACGUGGGAACUGAAAUGGUACAUAAGAACAAGGAGAGGCUGUCAUCCCUGAAAUCCUAAAUCUACCUUCCCAUUUCUGUGGGUUGGUUUUCACAUAAAGCUUAAGGUUGAUAUUCAUGGGGGGAGGGAGGGGAGGAUUCAGUGACAGCUCUGUGGGUGUAGUUUGGUUUUGUUUGGUUUUUUUUUUCCAGCAUCUGGAGGUUUGUCCCUCUUUCCUCUUUAUCUCUUACAGCCUAGGUUUGAGAAAUGAAACUUGUGGAAGAAGAGAGGGGACACAGGGAAGAUGCAGUGUCAUUCUGGUCCAGAUGUUUGUUUCACUGGCAAUACUGUCCUUAUCUCUGUCUCUGAACAUGCCAGUUCUGUUCCUGGCCAGGAUAGCGGGGAGGGGUGGGGGGUGGGGGAGGAAGGGAGAAACUCUGGAUCUGGGAGAUGCUGUAAUGAAACUGGCUAGUCAGUGUUGUCUUAAUAUUGUUGACAAUUCUGUAAAGUUCCUUUUUAUGACUUUCUGUUUUAGCUAUUUUGCUUUUGUUUUUGACUCCUUUUUAAAGAGAAAAUGUGACAUUUGUGAAAAGCCUGUAAGAAAAGCAGUUUUCCUUUUCCCUCUUUCAAUGACAAACUCUCUAGGUAAUUAAGGUUGUGAAUUUUUAUUUUUGCUUUGUUUUUAAUUAACGUUUGUCAUUCAGAAUAGGAUUGUGUGAUAAUGUUUAAAUGGCGAAAUAAAAUGAUUUUGUGCAAUUAACAAAGCUACUGCAAGAAAAUAAAAACCUUUCUUGGUAAAUCCA